AUGGCGGCGACCACGUAUAUGCCGGGUGAGCUGGACCUCGGCAAUCUUAGCGGGUAUCACGCUGCUUCGCCGCGCAGCGUAGAGCCCGCCGAGAUGAAGUAUCAGCACCACUUACACGCGGGCGGCUCCCCGUCACCCGGAGCACCGCUCAAUCCUUGGGCCGCGCUGCCUCCCUCUGACCCGUGGGCCAUGCACCAGCACCACGCUCACGCCGACGUCAAACCGCCGUCGGGCCCGCACGAGCAUCGCCACCUGCAGGGCGGCUGGCACGCCCCCGUGGUGUCCGCUCACUACGGUGCGGGAUCACCCGUGUCGCUUCACGCCGGAUACCCGGUACCCAUGCAUCAACACCACAUGCUGCGAGAUGUGCAGCCUUCGCCACAUCUACACCACCACGCGUUGGAUCGAGACCCACCCGAGGAGGACACGCCUACGAGCGAUGAUCUCGAAGCCUUCGCGAAGCAAUUCAAGCAGCGCCGCAUCAAGCUGGGCUUCACGCAGGCCGACGUCGGGCUCGCGCUCGGAACGCUCUACGGCAACGUUUUCUCACAGACGACGAUAUGCCGCUUCGAGGCGCUUCAGUUGAGUUUUAAAAACAUGUGCAAAUUAAAACCGUUGUUACAAAAGUGGUUAGAGGAGGCCGACUCGACGACGGGGAGCCCGACCAGCAUCGACAAGAUUGCGGCGCAGGGCCGGAAACGCAAGAAGCGAACGUCCAUCGAAGUUUCGGUGAAGGGUGCGCUCGAACAGCAUUUUCACAAACAACCGAAGCCAUCGGCGCAGGAGAUCACGUCGCUGGCGGACAGCCUGCAACUGGAGAAGGAGGUGGUGCGCGUGUGGUUCUGCAACCGGCGGCAAAAGGAAAAGCGAAUGACGCCGCCGAACACGCUGGGCGGCGAGAUGAUGGAUGGGAUGGGACACGGGCAUUACGCGCACGACGUGCACGGCUCUCCGCCGCUGCACUCGCAUUCACCCGCCCUUUCGCCGCCACACGCUCAUCCGGCACACGCGCCGCAACAUUCGCACCCGCACGCCGCGCACCAGCACGCGCAGCACGCGCAACACGCGCUACAGGGAGCCCAUACGCUGGCUGCGCACUAA